CGCGUGCUUUCACUCGUAGCUCGCUUCGCAUUCCGCGUGACGAUAAACGCUCUCCCCUCUGUGCUGUUGGCCAUAUUGCUAUCCGUUGAUAAAUUUACGGAAUUUUACCGUACCGACUGGUGAGCGAGGCCUCGCGCGGGGACGAUCGCGUCGUGCAAAGUGUCAAAAUAUAAGUCCAUCGUGAAUGCUUUUUUCGACGCGCUCUGACAACAAGGGGAAGCCGAACGUUUCGCGAGGACUUGCUUUCUGCCAGUCUUCUACUGGCCGACAUAUCUCGACAUGAUGCGCAAGCCGCGAAAACCCGACCUUCGUCGUGUUGCGACGUGUCGUUUUCUUUGAAUAUUUUGGAAUAUUUCGCGUCCGCGCUCCUUUCACGACGCCUUGAAUUUGGCCGCAAGUGAACAUUUCCGUACAAGUAUCCGUUGUAAAGACGUACCUACGCUAUUCCUUAGCCAAUAUCUGUAUAAAUGAUCUAAGAAUGGAGGUAUCAUCAGAAAUAUUGGAGAGCUUAGUUAUGGAUAAUAGAGAUGUUAUGGAGGUGCUGAAAGCUGGAAGCGUCACAGAGGAAGAUAUUAUUUUUGAAGCAACUGAGGAUUCUGAAGAGGCAGAAAUAGAGGAAAUUAUAGAAAUAAUUGAGGAAAUUGAAGAAUGUGAUGAGACUACUCCAGAUGGUGAUGUAUCUUUGUCGGAGGAUAAAGAUAAGUCAGUGGAUACAAAGGAUAGUAUAGUUGAGAAAACAGAGAAAAAUGAUGAAGAAUCUAAGAAACAUCUAGAACUUUAUAGCUUUGACGAGGAGAAUUCAGUGUUUGCUUUACAAGAUAAGAAGGACUCUGCCAAAGAUAUUAAUAGUACACGGAAGACUAUUAAUAAACAAGUUAUUAAUUAUGAUGUCGAUGAAGACUGGCAAGAUGAAGAACUGGAACGUAUUGAUGAAUUGGAUAAUACUUCUGAAUUAGUGGGCAAUAGUACAGAUCCUUUACAGGUUGAUAACAAACACGUAAAUAAUCAAACUGUUUCAUUACAAUCAAACAAAAUAGAUUUAAGAAUUCAUGCGGAUCCCAUGAAAAGAUCGGAUAAAUCUCGAACAGACAACGGUAUCGGAAAUGAUAUAAAUAAUAUUAAUGAUGAUAGCGAGACAACUCAUGAGAUAGUGAAAAAUGUAGAGAAUAAUUUAUUGUACACUGUGCUUGGUACAAAGAAACAAGACUCGUCUAAGCAACAACAAGAAAAGCUCAAUGAUGCACAUUAUGUCAAAAUGGAACGACUCGAAGAGAACACUAUACCGGUCGAGGGUACCAUUUACUAUGAAGGGGAUAAUAUGGAAACAUUAUAUGUAGCACAAGCUAUUGACGACAAUGAGCAAUAUCAGUAUGAUAAUGCAACAAUAGAGCAAGACGAACAAAUGUCUUGGGAACCAGCAAAUCCCGAAUCUAAUCAAAAUCAGGAAGAAGACAAUUCUCAAGAUCAGAUAUUUUUACAUGAGGACGAGGAUGGUCAAUUGUACUUUAAAGAUGCUAGCGGAGUUUUGCAGCCAGUGUAUUUGACCGAGGACGGAAAUUAUGCGAUUGCUGAAACCAGUGACGAUCAUACUAAUAAUAAAGAAUCAUUGCAAUCAUUGCAAUCGAAAUCUCAACAAAACAAUGAGACAAUUGAAGAUGAUAGUUACAUAAGUUUGCCUGAGUCAGAAUCUAAACCUGUUUCUAAUAAACAGACAACCAGUAAUACCGUAUCACCGACAUCGCUUCAAGAUUUUGAUAAUGAAGACAAUACCGUAACCAUUUCCUUGAUAAUAUCGGAGGAUGAAAAUGGACAAAAGAGAACUCAAGUCAUUAUACCGACAACGGAUAAUUUAAAAUGUGACAUCUGUAACAAAAGUUUUAAAACAUCCUGUCAAUUACUCAGACAUAAUAGAUUAAAACAUGCUCGCGAGGAAGAUAUAACUACAAGAAACUUUCCUUGCGAUUUGUGUCCUAAGAGGUAUCCAGAUCAGACUUCUUUAGCUCGCCAUAGAAAGACGCACACCGGCGAUCGACCGUUUCAAUGCCUAGAAUGUCAUAAAAACUUUCCUACUUCUACAGCAUUACGUCGUCAUUUGACGCUACACAAUUCGCAAUCGCGACCGCUUCCUUGCAUCUACUGCGGUCGCCGGUUCAUGGACAAGACUAGUUUAGCGAAACACGAAGAAUCACACAUGCCUAAUGAACAGCGCAAAUAUACGUGUGACAUAUGUCAAAAAACCUUUAAUCAUGCAACUGACUUGAGUAUGCACAAAAAAUAUCACGAUCCUGAUAAGAAAUUCGAUUGUGAAGUAUGCGGUCGUGAGUUUAACAGAUUGAAUAACUUGCAAAGACACAUGAUGGUACAUCAGCAAGUACGUCAACAAGGAGGAAAUGAGGAAAUACUCUCUUGCGACGUAUGUGGUAUCACAUAUAAAUUCAUGAGUUCAUUGACGAGACAUAUGGUGACUACUCAUAUGAAUCCUGAAAAAUUGAGACAGCAAGCAGAAGAGCAAAGAAGGAAGCGUGAGAAUAAUUAUCGAAAAUAUUUAGAAAAUCGAAAGAUGUAUGAAACUCAGCACUCUACAUAUGGUACAAGACGUAAAUAUCAUUUAAUUUCCGAAAAUAAUGAUGAAACGGCCUGACUUAAAUUUUCUCGUAGUCUCUUGAGAGUUUCAUAAAGAGCAGUCAUAAUAUUAUUCUAUAAAUGUAAUAACUCUUCAUAAGAAUUAGCAAUUUCUUUGUAUCAUGGCACAAGUGAUACAGAUGUGCAUUUAAUUUAAUAAAUAUUAUUGA